AUGGAGACCCAGGUCUUGAAUGCCAUAGAAAUCGCCUCGAAUCCUACUUCAGACCAAAGCCUCAACCUACAAGCUAUCAAUUUUAUUCAUGAGCUCCGGUCAAACGCAUCUGGCCGUCAGGCAUGCCUCUCCCUCUUUACAAGAACACCAAAAUGUUCCGAAGUGGUCCGUUUAGUAUCCCUAGACGUUGUCAAUAAUGCUAUCCAAGCAGAGCAAUUUGAAGAUCAAAGUUUGAGUCAUGUAAAGGAUUCUCUUCUGGAAUAUAUCAGACGUGCAUAUGGGUCUGGCAACCGGGACGAUGUCGACCCACCAGGCCUUCAGAACAAACUUACACAGACCUUGACCUUUCUCUUCAUAUCAAUGUACAAGAAUGGCUGGGAAGGGUUUCUAGACGAUUUCCUAGCCUUGACCAGCCUGCAGAAUAAUGGAUCGAGGGAUAACAUUGUUGGAAUUGCCCUAUAUCUUCGACUCCUAAGCUCUAUCCAUGACGAAAUUGCCGACGUUAUGCUGUCUCGUCCUACCUCCGAAACGCGGCGCAACACCGAGUUGAAAGAUCUACUACGAGCACGGGACGUUCAGAAAGUUACGACUUCUUGGCAAGAAAUCCUCGCGCAGUGGGCAGGUCGGGACGACGGGAUAGUAGAGAUGAAUCUCAAAGUCGUUGGCAAAUGGGUUAGCUGGAUUGAUAUAUCCUUGAUUGUUAACGAAGAGACAUUGAACCUCCUUUUCCAGCUCGCUGGCCGCCCCAACCCUUCUAAUAGGGAGGAUAAAGUGCGGAACGCCGCUAUUGAUACCUUCACAGAGAUUGUGGCUAAAAAGAUGAAGCCAUCAGAUAAGAUGAACAUGGUCAUUUUCUUGAAUUUGGGACAAAUUGUUUCUCAGCUUAUUGCUAGCCCGGCACUUCAUGAUCUACGUACGACAUCUAGUUAUGAUACUGAUCUCGCCGAAGCUGUUGCAAAACUUGUCAACAACGUCGUUUUUGAUAUUGUGAAGGUGCUUGAAGAUGUUCAGGUGGAUGCUGAGACGAGAGCAAAAGCAGAGCAGCUUAUCCAGUCUUUCCUUCCUCUUCUUCUACGAUUCUUUUCAGACGAAUACGAUGAAAUUUGCUCGACAGUUAUACCAUCUCUGACCGAUCUUCUCACAUUCUUACGCAAAGCGAAGCCAAUCCCACCUGCAUACUCUGCGAUGCUGACACCUAUUCUCAAUGCUAUUGUCCAGAAGAUGAGGUAUGAUGAAACUUCAAGCUGGGGAAACGAGGACGAACAAACCGACGAGGCAGAAUUCCAGGAAUUGAGAAAGAGGUUGCAAAUCUUGCAGAAGUCGGUUGCUGCUGUGGAUGAAGCACUUUACAUUGACAUUUUGAGUAAUGUCAUUGGAAACACUUUCCAAAGACUCGAUCAACAAGGCGGUCAGAUGGAUUGGAGGGAUCUUGAUCUCGCCCUCCACGAGAUGUAUCUAUUUGGGGAGCUUACGCUGCCAAACGGAGGUCUCUAUGCAAAAAGCCGACCCUCAGGCGUCGCUGCUGAGCGCUUAAUCGUCAUGAUGUCGAAAAUGGUUGAGUCUGGGAUCGCUUCCUUCGCUCACCCGGCAAUCCAACUACAGUAUAUGGAAAUCUGCGUCAGAUAUUGUACCUUCUUCGAGAACCAAACAGGAUAUGUACCUCAGGUACUGGAGCAUUUUGUCCGGCUUGUCCACCAUGGGCAUAGCAGAGUCCGGACACGCUCUUGGUAUCUUUUCUAUAGAUUUGUAAAACACUUGCGAGCUCAUCUAGGCAACGUUGCAGAGACUGUUAUUCAGUCUAUCAGCGAUCUUCUGCCCAUCAAAGCCGAGCUUCCAAGUGAAAGUAGCGCUGAUGAUGAUAUGUCGUCCGAUCAAAGCGACCACUCUGCAGAUGCGGCGUUUACUGGACAACUCUACCUCUUCGAGGCUAUUGGCUGCAUCUCAUCGACCUCAACAAUUCCCGUGGAGAAACAGGUUCUUUACGCACGAACUAUUUUGGAGCCUCUUUUCUCCGACAUCCAGCGUACUCUACCAUCAGCAUCGUCCGGCGACGCCCAGGCGACCUUGCAAAUCCAUCAUAUAAUCAUGGCGCUGGGAACUUUGGCACACGGGUUCUCAGACUGGACCCCUGGAAAUGCUGCAACGGCACAUCUAGCGCCCAUGAAGGAGGUAUCAGAGGAGUUCAAUCGCGCCGCAGAAGCCAUUCUGAUUGCACUUGAAGCCCUCAGAGCUUCGUUCGACGUACGCACAGCCGCCAGAGCAUCCUUUACCAGAUUAAUGGGUGUUCUGGGUAUUGGAAUGUUACCACUUCUACCUCGCUGGAUUGAUGGCUUACUAUCUCAAAGCUCUUCCAAAGACGAGAUGGCUAUGUUCCUUCGCUUAUUGGACCAGGUGGUUUUCGGCUUUAAGAAAGAGAUAUAUUCCGUCCUAGACUCUCUUCUCACACCACUCCUUCAAAGAGUCUUCGCAGGCCUAGCCGAACCAAUUACUGGAACCGACGACGAAAUCCAACUUACCGAGCUUCGACGAGAAUAUCUGACAUUCGUCCAGAUUAUCUUGAACGAAGGCCUCGGAGCUAUCCUUGUCAGCGACUCGAACCAACAAUUCUUCGAGCCUCUUAUCAUCUCCGUCACUACAUUAGCAAAAACUGUCAAUCCAGACACCGGCAACCUCUCCGCCAGCCGACUCGCUUUCUCGGUACUUACCCGAAUGGCCGACCUCUGGGGUGGUCCCAACAUCGCGAUCAUCUCCCCACAACCAAUGGCCUCUAUCCCUCCAUCUCCCGCGUUUCCAGGUUUCGACCGCUUCCUCAUAGAACGUUUCCACCCUAUCUGUUGGGAAGUUUUACGAGACCCGCAAUUUAGACCAGUGACGGAUGCGCAGAUCAAACAGGUUCUGAACGAAAUCGCCGGUUUGGAACAAACUAUUUACACUAAAACCGGUGAUAUGUUUCUGCAACAUUUGCAGGGUUCCUUCUUCCCAGCCAUGGGUAUCGAUGGCACGGAUUUUAUCAAAGCGAUGACGACGUCCGCAGACCGCAAAGGACUUUCUGGAUUCUUGCAGAGGUUCUUGAAACAUAAUGGUUGA